UUAGGAGGAUGCGUGGCGAGUGACUCAUUCAGAAAGGCUACGCACACGCGUACACCCUUACAAACACACCCUGAUGGGGGCAACCCCAGUACCUCCGUAUAUAAACACACACACAGCGAGGGAGCUGUCCACGACAAAAGGGCUUCAUCACAUCUUCUCUUCCCUUGCCAAGACUCAAGAAAACGUAGUCAUUUCUCGCAAAGCGGGCGAACUAUAAUAGUAGCCACAACACCGUUUACGUAUAUACACCCGUGCCGCUAUACAACACCGCCGACACACACGCACGCACACACACACGCGCACGCACGCGCACGGGCUGUACAGGUGAGCGCAGGUGAUCAACAAAGACGCCCCCGCGCAGCACAGCCAUGCAAGCCACCAGCAAGUACGUGGCGAUGGACUGCGAGAUGGUGGGAACCGGCCGCGGCGGCACGGAGAGCGCGCUGGCUCGCUGCAGCAUCGUCGACUACAACAAGCGCGUACUCUACGACGAAUACGUCAAGCCCGAGCAGCCCGUCACCGACUACCGCACGCGCUUCAGCGGCAUCCUGCCCCGUCACCUGGUGCACGCCACGCCGUACGAGGAGGCGCGGAAGGAGAUCAAGAAAAUCCUGGAGGGAAAAAUAAUCAUCGGCCACGACAUGCGGCGGGACUUCUCAACCCUGGGCCUGAACAUCCAAAUGUUCGACACGCGUGACACGUCGCUGUGCGAGCCGCUGCUGAAAAAGGCAAGGCUCACCGUUGGCAGGAGAGCGUCGCUCAAAAAUCUAGCAAAGAUCCUGCUCUCAAUCCAGAUCCAGAACAGUUCAGAGGGGCACUGUUCGGUGGAGGAUGCCAAGGCAGUCAUGGACCUCUUCAGACUGGUGGACAAAGAGUGGGAGAGGGGUCCACACUCGUGGGCCGAGGCCCCACGCCCGCGGCGUUACCAGAACCGACGAUACAACUUUGACAUCGACUUCGAGGACUACAAUAGCUGCAAUGACUGUUGUGAUGAUGAUGAUGAUUACUGUUUUGAUUGAUGAUACGCUUAAUUUGACAGGUGCCGUUGCGCAUAACAACGGUUUACAUUUUGAAGCACGUUUUCAAAUUUAGCAAUUCUUCAUCGCACCUUGCUUUUUAAACUGUAGUCUUUAAGAGGAACCGAUUUUGUCAUGUUGUAAAUGUGUACAAAUCUUGAACAUUUUACUGGAAUGUGCCAGAGAAUUAAAUGUAUAGUACUAUAUUUUUAAAGUGAUAAUUAAACGCGAUCGAGCUAUGUAUAUUUGUACACUGUUUUGUACGCUCACACAAUCAUACAUUAAAAAUAUAUUCACAAAAUUGUGGAUAUGACCCAUGGAGCCUUGGGCCCCGUGCUGCACAUUGAACCCGGUCACUUGAGUUUGAUUCCAUGGUGGCAAGUUGUUAACUACCCCGCUUGAAUCGACAGGCUCAGCAAUGGCAGAGCCAGGAUUUUCAGGUAGGGGGGGGGGGGCAACCCCUCCAGCAAUUAAAAAUUAUAGGAGUUGCUAGUAAGUAAGGACUUGUUCCUUGCUUUUUAAUCGACGCGUGUGCGGCGAUGGUGCAGCCAUCGAUCGAGGGUCGAAUUCAAACUGUGUGUGAUCGGCAUCGCGCUCCCUGAAGGUGAAUGCCUUCAGGGAAGUCGUGUCCAGUAUAUGCAACUGCACACUAUUCUGAGUCACUUAUAACUGCUUUGCCCUUACUUAUUGCCAAUUAUGGAAUCAGACUAUUGUCCUACGUAAUAAUAUGCUACACAGUGGCAGUGGGGGUCGCAAAAUGCUGACUUGUUACUACUAACCCCCAACGAUCUGAUCGAAAUUAGGGAUUUCGAUCUGAUCAUUGGGGGGGCACGUGUCAACCCCCCCCCCCACUGGCUUUGCCAGUGGACAGGAGGUCGUGGUUUCGAUCCUGACCCUGACGCCUGUAUAUUUGGAUUUUGCAUGUUCUCCCCGUGGUCGUGUAGAUUUUUCUCCAGGUCCUUCCGUUUUUCCCUCCACAUUUAGAAACACGUGUUUUGAGUAUUUGGCUUAUAUAAAUUUACACAUGAUAAGCCACUCCUCGUUGAGCUAUCAUUGGUGGCCACCAUCACUUCUGAAAAAGAUCAAAAUAGCUCGGUGGGCCUUAUCUGCUAAAAUAAAAAUAAAUAGUUUAUCGUUUAAUUUUAGUUUUGGAAUCAUGCCCAAGGCAACAUCAAUGUGGGAGUGAUAUCGGAAUGAGUCGGGGUCCUCCCCUUCAACCCGCACAAACCAGCAUGGUGAAGCACAGCGAAACAGCCCACCACCCCCCCAUGAUCAAAUUGUGUAGAUAGGCCUUCAACCAGCAGUGGAUUAUUUUUACGGAAAAAACUGUCAAACAGAAAAAUAAAAGCAACCCUCCGGGUGCUUUGCACAUUCCGCACACCAUCUCCAAACAGCCGGCGGGUCAAAAGAGACUUCACCUAUUUUUUCUGAUUGAUCAGUUCAUCAGCAAGAACAAAUACUGCAAUUUCACAGCACAUGAUUGUACUUGUUUCGCCAAACGCUGUCCCAAUUAUUACAUGUUGCAAGGCACUCACUUUGUGUUCCCAGCCGCUGUGUUAAGGUACACGUGCUUUUUGCCUUUGAUGGAUUCACAAAGGGCUGCAUCAUCUGCAGAUUAUCAUCUGCCAAAAUGUGCCCAAGAAUGGAAUCCGAAUCGCUGGUGUCGGAGCUCGCCGUUGCCAUGUGCUUGCACGCCAUAUAGACCUGCACAUACUACUGCGAUGCAUACUUACAAUGUAGAACAAAAUAUAACUUGCCACUGAGGUAUUGGGCCUGUAAAUGUGUUAACAGAAGCAAGAGCAACCGUGACACGUGGAGUAAGUCUUCAUUUUAUUGGUUCUUUCGGUAAAGUCACGUAGAAUGGAAAUAAUAAAAUAAUACAAAUAAUAAAACAUAAUUCUUAUGUUUUAUUUUUUAUUAUUUUAUAGUCACGUAGAAUGGAAAUAAUAAAAUAAUAAAAAUCAUUAAACAUAAUAAUUUAUUAUGUUUUAUGAUACGUGACUUUACCGAAAGAACCAAGAAGAUGAAUCCCUGCAGUCACGAAAGCUUUACAUCGAAAUUUAAGUCUUAAUUAUUACAUUGUUGGAAUAAUUAGCAAUCAUGUCUACAUAACUAGGUCACCCAUAGAAAAAUGUACCAUCCUGAGUGAGUUCACUGGAUGAAGGUCUCUCCGUGUUGUGGGGGUCAUGGGGGUUUGACAAUGCUUGAGCAUGCUAGCCAGCAAGGGUCAGCUAAGGGUGGAAGCCCAGGAAUAAUAGUUUUAAUAAGUGGUGUGUAGCGGCCUCUAGUGGUUGUUAAUAUCACAUUAACCAAUAAAAUCAUGAUUCUUGGCCAUAAUUUUCGAUGUUAUCUAUCGUGGACAUUCCUAUAAAUGUUUAUGAAUCGUUACACCGCUGAUAGCUAGUAAAUGUAUACAUGCUUGGCUAGUAGGACAAAUUAGUAAUUUGCUAAAUGCUAACACGUGCUUUCCUUAGUCCGCUAAUUGAUUAAAGAGUGGGAUGUUGAAGCUAAGAGCUUUAGUGUAUGCUUUAUAAUUCCCCACAAUAGAUGUGACAUCUAAGGUGACUCGAUCAUGCAUACCACCCAUGGUGUUCCUACCUGUUGUAUUAAAUGUGAAAGCUUUUAUCAGUUGAUUCGAUUUAUCUCGUGCUAAAUAAGGGUGGUUGGUAUUCAUGACAAUGUUUUCAUCACCAGUUGUUUUUAAUAAAGCGCAAACAACAA